AUGGCCACUACCAAUUCCACCAGGAACAAUCACUUCGCCAACUCCACCAUCGAACUCUCCGUCAGCUGUCGGGGGCUGCGCAACCGCGACCUCGCCUCCCGCUCCGACCCGUACUGCGUCCUCUACACCCGGGCCCGCCCCUGGAACACCUUCUACGAUACGGAGCUGGGCCGAACGGAGAUCAUCGCCGACUGCCUGUCGCCCGCCUGGACGCGCAAGUUCACCCUCGAGUACCGCUUCAGCGCCCUCCAGCCGCUCAAGUUCGAGGUGAUGGACAGCGACCCGGGCGAGGAGAAGGAGGACGACUUUCUGGGGCUGUACGAGACGACGCUGGCGGAGUUGCUCGCCCGGGGCCCCUCUCGGUCGGUUGUGGUGCCGCUGCGCAGCAAAAUCCUCGAUGGCCUCGAUAUGGGCGAGCUGAUUGUCGUCUGUGAGGAGGUCUUCCCCGGAGGGGAGGACUCGCGGAUGAUUGUGAAGUUCGACUUUACCGGGGAGCAGCUGCUCAAAGUCGGAGGAGGGGGUGAUAGUGGAGUUCCAGGAGGAAAGGUGCUCGGCAGGCUGAAGGCGAGCAUGAAGCGCAAUCGGACCUUCCUCGAGGUGAGCCGCUCCAACGAGGACGGCAGCUACUCGCUGGUGUACCGCGGCAAGCCCGCCGGUCCUGAAUCGAAAAGUGGCGGCGGCGCUACCAUUUGGAAGCCGGUUCAGCUGCCCCUGAGCCGCCUCUGCAACGGCGACCCCCGCCGUCCGGUGAAGAUUGCG